AUGACAUAUUGCUUGCGCGUCUUUUCGAAUAAAUACGAUCUUUUAGCCGAUUUUUGCCUCUCUAAUUCAAAUGAAGUAAUUGUUGGGUUACAUCAUUUCUCUACAUUUUCUGAACUUCUUCUGAUUCCUUGUAACAGCCAAGCAUCUUUGCAGUCAAACACAAGUCGGUUUUAGUCCCUGGUGCUCUUGCAAUCUUGCUCUAGAAAACAGUUAAAGUAAAAUAAAAUUUAUCUUUUUCAAAGAAAAGAGCACCGAAAAUUCGUAAGACCCGAUCUCUUCAUUUUUGAUAUUUUGCAAUAAAUGCAUACAGAUUCAUGUGGAAACAAAGAAUAAUGUCAGUACGGGUACAGAACAAUACAAUGAAUUAAUAAACAGUUACGUUUAAUUUUUAUAAACUUAUAAAAAUUAAUUGCAUAAUUUGAUAAAUACUUAAGUUUCAGGGGACGGAUUGAAAAUUAUGAAAGUUUGGAAUCUUGCAUGGUCUUAAGGAAAUUAAUGCAAUGGUAAACCAAAGCAUCUUUUUUGCCAGAUGACCGAAAUAUGAAUUAGUCAAAUAAGUGAUUUCUAUUUCCAAUGUCAUUGCCAAGCCGAGCUACCUCAAUAAAGAAUGUCUACAAAUAAUAGGAAGUAGGGAGCCCACCCGUUCUCAAGUCAUUUCUGGAGCUACUGAUAAGCUCUUGUUGAACAAUGGUAGAUUUUUUUCUCAAUGUAAGAUGCCUUUUGAUACUUUUUUACUUCUCUUGUUAACAUGCCUCAACCUGUCUCAGCCCUUGCCAUCAAUUGCCAUAACGAGCGCUGAGUCGCGAAUAAUUUUCUCGCACAUUUUUUGUCUUAAAAUUCAGAGUUAUUCAAAAGUAAUAUUAUUCUUUUGUUUAAAAAGCUUUGCCGAUGUGCUGUAAAAUAGUGAGGGAAAUCCUUGCAUUGCCGAAAAAUGAAGUCAGAACAAUGGAAAACUGUGCUAGAUCUGCGUUCACUUCUACAUUUAACGAGCAAGUAACUGAAAUAUAGCGGAUAAAACGCUGGCUUUUACAUGUUGAGGGAGAUAUGCCGACUGCUGUUUUAAGUUACCUAACUGCAAAGCUAAGGGAACUUAUUCCAAGAGGCCAAAACAGGUUACAUUUAAUUUGCAAUGAUAGCGAAGCUAUUUUGAGACAGGUUACAUAGAACUUACUUUCGCCCAAAUUUCAGUUUUCUUCCUCCUACCCGUGUUCUCGCCACCGCUCCCAUGAGUCCACGGAGCGGUGUAUCCGUUAACUUCUGUAGUUGUCCAAAGAAUGAUCAAGGCACACAAGAGCACUGGAAAGAUCUUGAUUUCCAUUCU